AUGGCCGCAGUCAAUCUUCAGAUGAUGGCCACCAAUGUCCCCUUCGAUUUCCUCCCCGGUCAACCCCACUCCCGCUCCGCCUCGGUCUCCUCGAGCUCGUCCCACUCGCCCAGCUCGCGCCCCCAGUCUUCCCAGGGCGGUGUUUUGCGCGCAUCGGCCGGUGAUCACACACGCAACACCUCCGACACAUCCCACUCCUCCGUGUACUCGCUCAGCUCCUCCGAUCUGGCAUCGCCUGGCGAUUCCCCUCCCAAUCACAACGUCUCUAACCCUUCCCUCAAGGGCCCUCUCCGCCCGACGCACAUCCGUGCCCGUGUCGCUGCGUCCCCAUACCCACGAGACACUGAGAGUGUCCAUUCAUCUUCUAGCGAGACUGAGGACAUUUCCAUGUACCUGGGCGCAGCCCCUCCUGAUUAUCAUCCUAUGUUUGGUGGCCAACAGACCAUGGCCCAUGUUCAAGAAACAAUGCACGCCGCUGGUGCCUUUGGUCGCAUGACGCUGAGCCCCGAUCACGCUUUGGAGAAGCUCGCAGCUAACGUGCGCGCCGCCACUACGACGAGUGCGUCCGAUAGAGCGAAACAGAUCUUCGUUCAGGCUUGGUUGACUGCGAACUAUUCCCCAUAUCCCGAUGGGAAUGUCCCACGUCAAGGGCUGUACUUUUCAUAUCGCCGAGUCUGCGAUCAGUAUGGCAUUCCACACAUCAACACCGCAACGCUGGGUAAGGCGAUUCGGUUGUGCUUUCCAACAAUCAAGACGAGACGGCUGGGUGUUAGAGGGAACAGUAAAUACCACUAUUGCGGCAUUCGUCCUGCGACUUCGGCAGAAGCCGAGUUCCUGCAGGAUUAUAUCCGCAAGUCGAACAAUAAUGCGGCGCAGCAGUCUGUGAACGCCGCACGCAUGGCGAGCGAGCAGGCGGAGGCGUCUCGAGGCGGUUCGGAUGAGGAGGAGGAAGAUGAGUCGGAAGGCCCCAGUUCGGGGAAUUCCAAGAGGAAUUCCUUAAACCUCUCUAAUGGGGCAAAAAAUCCGAAUAUUUUCACAGAUGAAAAGACUCCGACCGCCACAAGUCUGCUACAACAGGCGCAAGCGCGUUUACCUGGCAGCAACUUUCCGACGCAAGCGCCCAUCCGACGGCAUGCAUCACAGCCCGAGGGCACUAUUACCGUGCAGCCUUCUUCGGCUGUAGGCGGUGCUGUCCCCUUGAUAGCUCUGAAUCAACCCAUCUCCGUGAGGCAGAUGCCUCAUUUCCCGUCCAUCGAGGAGGCGAUUGGAGCCAAUUCGACGAUUCCCCAAGGCAUUGCUGCUCGUGAGGUCUGGAGGUGGUUCGAGGACCAUUUGGACGCAUUGCUGGAGAGCAUCCGGUCUUUCCGUUUUGACCAAUUCGAGCUGAAUCUCCGAACAUUUUGGUCCAACCUUAACGGCAGUCACCGUGAGGUGGUGCAUGCUCCAGCUGUUGCAGGCUUAAUGGCGAAGGCGGACGCUAUCGUAUAUGAUGAAAUAUUAGAAAUACUUCGCUCGCAGACGCUGUCGCCGAUCCCACCAGCGUCGCUAGCAGGUCUGCGCCAACUUGCGGAUAAAAUGGAGAAGAUACUCUUGGUUGCCCUCGAGGGAUAUGGUAGCACGUUCGUUGAGCCGAAGGUAGAGCUGGGUGCUCGAUUCGGACAUCUCGUCUUGCGUUUCCUCGACAUAUACCAAGUUGCCCAAGCGUUGAACACGGUGUUAACGAACCAAAAGCAACUCCUUGAGAUGCGCCGGUCAUGGCAGAAGAUUGACUUCGAGUCCGUCCGCAAUCAAUCGGCGUUGGUUUGUAAUUGUCGACAUGAAGAUUUGGUACAGCUCUUGGAGAUGGAGUUCGUAACUGUCCUGGACGGCCUGUUGAAGAGUGCCGAUCCUAUUCGGGAUGUCAUGGCGUGGGCGGACAAGUGCUGUGACAGGCUUAUGGGUGGACGUAACAAUGGUCCUGAAGAUCGCCCAACCAUGAGUUCGAGGAGCGUUCUGAUUCGCUGGGGAUAUGUGACCAGUCAGGUUAUGAGGGACCUGACAAUCCGCAGUGAUCCAGCUUUCGGAGCGUUCCAAAUAUUGAAGCUGUUCUUGGAUGACUGGAUUGCUCUUAACGUCCUGAGGAGUGUGGCUCUGUCAACAAACUCCGUGGCGGCGUCCGUUGAACCUGUGAUGCAACAACAGUUCUUCCUUUCGGAAGACUACAGCAACAGCCUCGACGUGCGUCCACCCAUGGCAAAUACUCCAACAACGUCAAGUAUGCUUGCUGCGUUGCAACAGGAUACCUUUGGCUCCCUCGAUCCCGCCUCCAGUGCCUUCGGCUCGGACGCAUUUGGAUCUCUGUCGUACAUGGAUACCUCGUCGACUCAUGACGACUCUAUGCCAGUUCAUUCGUCGGGUCUCUCCUUCCCUGAAUAUGUGACUGGAUCCGGAUCCUUCGAUGUGGGUGCAUUCACUCCGCAGGACUUGGGUGUUGGCGCGUCUGGUACGCCCCCGCCCUCCAGCAGCGAGCCGACUCCUGAGGAGGAGCCAGAACUGGUGAAAUCUGAGGGUUGA